CAGGCCCUGGCACGAGGAAGAUGCGUGCUGUUCAGCGGCCGCUCCUGGGCUUCCUGUGUGGCCCCUGGCUGUGGGUGAGCCUGGCCCAGCCGCCCACACGGCCUCCCACCAGGCAGAGCCCGGUGUCGCCCACCCUGCACUUCCGACUGGCCGGCUACCCCCGUAAGCACAACGAGGGGCGCAUCGAGGUUCUCUACAACCAAGAGUGGGGCACCAUCUGUGAUGAUGACUUCACGCUGGCCAACGCCCACGUCCUCUGCCGGCAUCUGGGGUUUGUGGCUGCCACGGGCUGGACUCACAGUGCGAAAUAUGGCAAAGGUGUCGGGCGCAUCUGGCUGGACAACGUGAACUGUGGUGGCCACGAGAAGAGCAUCGCGGAGUGCCAGUCGCGGGGCUGGGGCAACAGCGACUGCUCCCACGACGAAGACGCAGGCGUCGUCUGCAAGGAUGAGCGCAUCGCCGGCUUCAUCGACUCCAAUGUGAUUGAGGCAGAGCAGAACCAGGUGGAGGAGCUGCGGCUGCGCCCAGUGGUGUCCCAGGCCAAACGCCCACUGCCCAUCACAGAGGGCAUCGUGGAAGUCCGCCACAAGAACAGCUGGGCCCAGAUCUGCGACGAGAACUGGAGCGGCCGGGAAAGCCGCGUGGUCUGCGGAAUGCUGGGCUUCCCUGCCGAGAGGAAGGCCAACCGCAACUUUUACAAGUUGUACCUGCAACGCCAGCAGCAUAACUACCACCUGCAUUCGGUUGCUUGUGCUGGGAACGAGGUCCAUAUUUCCACCUGCUCCUUCGAGUUCUACAAGAGCAAUAUCACUAGUGUCUGCAAGGGCGGCAUGCCAGCUGUGGUGAGCUGUGUGCCAGGCCCCCUUUUUGCUGCAGGGAAUGCCCAGAAAAAGAGGCGGGGGCAGCAGCAGCAGCAGGGACAGCAGCGGGUCCGGCUGAAAGGGGGGGCCAAGGUUGGCGAGGGCCGGGUCGAGGUGCUGAAGAACGGCGAGUGGGGCACCGUCUGCGACGAUCGCUGGAACCUGCUGUCAGCCAGCGUUGUCUGCCGUGAGCUGGGCUUUGGCAGUGCCAAGGAAGCCCUGACAGGAGCACGCCUGGGCCAAGGUGAGGAGGGGCAUCAGCCAGAUCCUCUUUGCCGGGGCUCAGAGAAGUCGCUCUGGAGCUGCCCCUCCAAGAACAUCACCCAGCAGGACUGCAAGCACUCAGAAGACGCGGGGGUCCGCUGCAACGCCCCUUACAUGGCCUACGAGACCACGAUCCGCCUGAGCGGGGGCCGGAGCCGUUUUGAGGGACGGGUUGAAGUGGCCGUGGGGGCCAGGGGCAACCACACCCGCCAGUGGGGGCUGAUUUGCGGAGAAGGCUGGGGGACCCUUGAAGCCACGGUAGCCUGCCGCCAGCUGGGCCUGGGGUAUGCCAACCAUGGCUUGCAGGUACGUUGCUGUCGCCGCUGCCGCUUUGCUGCUGAGGUGAAGCUCGCCUGCUGGGAGGGCCACAUGACCAGCUACCCUGCCUGGCCAUCUACUCGCUGGGGGAGGAUGGGCCCAGCCCAGGGAGAGGCAGGGGCCCACUGUUGAUGCCCACAGGAUGUUACCACAAGGCCGCAUGGCCCAGAGCCAAGCCAACUUGGAGGGGCAACUGGGGGGGGUGUCUGAGUUUCCAGGGCAGGCUGCAGACCCUAGAGACCUGGUGGGAUGUUGCCAGCGGGCCUGGGCUACACCAUGGGUGGGCACCAACAACUGGCCUGAAGGAGAAGGCAGGAUGAAGGGUAAUCGUUCCCAUCACAUGAAGGGAACCUGAGGAACUCCCCGCCACAAGCCCAGGCAGGGCAGCGGGAGGAGCACCCAGAGGGACGAGGCAGGGAGGGGGAGGCCACCCCAGGUGGGAUAGGAGGGCAGGCUCCCGUGGGGGCUGGACCGUCCUGGAAAACAGAGGCUGGGGUCAGGCCUGCUCCACCAUGGCUGCUCUGUCCUGGGGGGGGGCUGGAGG